AUGCCUAUAUUGAAUUCUGAUCUUAAUUCAAUUACGAAAACUUUAUUCGAACUGAAUAAUCAUUUGAAUCAAAUAUUGGCAGAAAAUAAACAAGAAAUCAAUGAUGAGAACGAAGAAUUAUAUUUAGGGCAUAUCAAAGAAACGAUUUGCACUAAUCUUGUAUCUUUAAAUAACGAACUCAAUUCAUUACAAUUGAACGAUAUAGAUGAUCAAUCAAUACCAACUUUUCGUUCCACAUUAGAUCAAUUAAAAUCUCUUGUAGAUAAAAUCCAAUCAAUUACAACAGAUGAUAAUAUUAUUUUAGCUCCACACUUUUCUAGUUAUGCAGAACAAUUAAACAGACAAUCGAGCGCAGUUCCUGAAACACAUGAACAUUUACAAAGUAGUCCUCCAAUUUUUCGUGUUGAUCAAUGUUUUUUUGGAAGAAAAUUAAAUUUAAACAACGAAAUUGAAAUUCAUAGCCAAUCGAGUUUCAAGAUACAACUUUCCGAAAAUUUACAAUUUUUAAACAAAAAACUUGAUCGACUAGAAACUAUUUAUUAUAAACGACAUCAACGCAAACUUCAUGAACUUUUUAUCAAAAUACAAUCUAAAUACGAACAUGAUCGGGAAAGAUGUAAACAACGAAUAACGUUUCAAUGUGCAUUAAAACAAUAUUCUAAAAAUUGGUUGAAUUUCUAUGAACCAAGCCAACAAUCCAAAAAAGAAUUAACAAAACAACUAAGAACUUCAUAUCGUCAAAAUUUUAGAAAUGAUCUCCAAUUUAGACAUUUUUUUCAUAUGUUUUUAUGUCAAUUUCGAAAGGAUUUAUUUCAAAUGGUGUUAAAUGAAUCGAAAGAUUAUCUUCCACGAUCAAAUACUCUCAUUAAUUGUUUGGAAGAUGAUGAAUAUUAUAAUUUAUAUAGCGAUGAAGAACAAUUAACAUUAAUCUAUCAAUUUGUACGUGAAACUUUUUAUGCCAAGUGUCUAGAGGAACUUUACAAUGUUGUUCCAAUAAAAACACCAUAUUUCAAAUUAUUCUUUACCUAUAUCGACAAUACAGAUCAUGCAAGUAAUUAUGUGAAUCUAUUAAAAGAAUCUUAUUUAGUAUAUGUAAGAGAUUCUAUAUUACCCUUAACUGAACAGAAUCGAGAAUCAAUCGAAUCAAACAAAACAAUUCAGUCUAUAUAUGAUCAACUGAAACUCUUUAAUGAAGAUAGUUUCAAAAUUAUUCAUGAUUCGGAAAGACUUAUCAAAACCUGUUUUAUUCGGCAAUUUAAAGGAAAGACUUGGAACGAAAAACUCAUAUGUGAUCAGUGUAAAUUAAACGAUCAAAAUACCACAAAUUCAAAUGAAGAUUUUGAAUCCGAAGACUGUCUUAUAAGUAUUGGCGGCUUAGUUGAAAAAAGUGAAAGUUUAUUUGAACAAAGUAAAACUUACAAAGAGAAAAAGCCUAGUUUAAAACUUUAUCUCAAAAAAUCUAUGGACUUACUUAAUGAAUCUAUGUCAAUCGAUGAAUUUAUUAUUAAGUCCCAUAACAGUACUCCUGAUGAUAUUCGUCAAGCAACAAUUCAAUUAAGUAAUAAAUUCCAAUUUCGAGCAUUGAUUUAUCUUGAUAUGGCAAAAAUGUUUAAUUUUUGUUAUUUUGAAAAAUUCAAUUGUUUCAAUCAAUCCAAACACGAUUUCAUUCAAUAUGAAAAUCAAACUGAAAAUCAAAAAAACGUUCAAUUUCAUAAAAAUAAUUUCAUAAAUUUAUUUAAAAAAGCAUUUGCAACAGAUAAUACUUCUUCCAUGAAAUCCUAUGAUGAUAUCCUACAAAUUAAUCCAUAUUUCUUUGAAGCACAAUAUCAAAAAUUAUUAAAAUUCUAUGAGUUAAAUAAUUGUGAAAAAGGCUUUCAUUUACAUAAAACUUUUAGUAAACUAACGGAAGCCAUUAGACCAAUACAAGAUUUAUUUGAAAUUCUUAUUCAUUUACAGCGAUGUGUUGCUGAAAAGAAAAAUGACAAAUCAUCAAUAUUCUGUAAUAAAAUACUGGAAGUCAAAGUUACUAAUAAUCAAAACAAAUCGUUAUACUUACAUUUCAGUAUAAUAGAAAAUGAAUACCAAAUUAAGUUUAAUGAUCAAGAACAAUUAAUUAAUCUAUUAAAAUAUGGCCAACAAAGUAUAAUCAAAAUCAAGAACAAUUCAACGAAAUCAUCAACACUUAAAUAUCAUUUAUCAAACUUUGAUUUCAAACAAUUAUUAAGAAGUUUAUUGGACAAGAUUACCAACCAAGAAUCAAAUUUUUUGAAAUUAAUUCAAUUAUUCAAAAAAUUAGAAUCAGUUAAUGAAAAAGAAUAUAAAAAGUUAGAUGAAAAUUUUCAAAAAUUAUUACCAGAAACAAGAUUUAAUUUAAUUCAAUGUAAAGCAGAUUCUGAUCAUUUUCAAUCUGUUUGCGAAAUAUCAAGAUCAGUCAAAGAAUUCCGGACGUUUUUAAAUCUUGAAAAAUCUCGAUUCAAUCAAAUCAAUAGAAGAAUUCUUCAAUUAAAAUUUCAACGAGCAAAUAUCUAUCGAAAGAAUCAUUACUUUUAUCUUGAAAUAUUAGAAUUGUUAGAUAUUUUAAAAUAUCAAAAAACGAAUGCUGAUUAUAAUCCAGUGAUUUAUUAUCGAUUAUCAUAUUUAUAUCGAUGGAAGGGUAAUCUACAAAUAUCUAUUCAUUACAUUAAUUUAGCAAGUAAGAAAUAUAAUGAAAAGAUUAAUAAGAAAAUUUUUCGAAAAGUCGAAAAAUUCAAAUCAAAUUUAUUGAAAUUAGAAAAUAUUAAAAAUAAUGAAGUAGCGUUUAUUGAUAAAAACAAAAUGCGUUUAUCCCAUAUAUUCAAUUUAAUAACAAAAUCUCAUUUUAAAUUACAUCAAUUUGAAACACUUGGAUUUUACCUAUUUAAAGAUACAUCAGCAAAUGCAUUACUCAAUUGUUUAUUCUAUCAUUUAAUCGAAGAAGAUGACGUUGAAGAAUAUUUAAAAUGGCACGAUAAUACUCUGACAAAAACCUAUCGUGAAUUACAAGAAGAAUCCGUGUCCGAAGGGAAAUUUAUUAACAAAUUCAAUGAAAAAUUUAAAACAAAUUUCAAAUGUUUCUUUGUAGAGGACGGAAUUGAUAAUCGUAUGUUUAGUUAUACAAAUAUUCAAGUUCCCAUAGUUUUGGUAAAAACUACCAAUUCUUAUACAACAAUCAAAGAAGUGAAUUAUUUUAUGUUCUUAACUGUUUUAUUAACAACUUAUGAUGCUAAAGCUGAUUUAAAAACAGUUUGUUCAAAAUUUUUAGACAAUGAAAUAAGUAAAAAUAUUCUUUCGAAUACCAAUGAAAAUAAGAAUAUUGAAAUAUUUAUUGAAUCAAUGAUUGCAAGUAAAAGUCUGAAGAUUUUUAAUGAAGAAGUUAUUUAUUAUUUAAAAUUCGAUGAUUACAACCCAGAUUUUUUUCAUUUUUGGUCAUUAAUUGCAAAUCUUGAUGAUAACAUUGAUUUAACUGAUGCAUUAAAUGAUUUUAAAGAAUUAUUUAUUGAAUCGAUUGAAGAAUAUAGAGAAGAAAAAGAAGAAGAACAUAAAUCAGCAUUACAACUAAUUGAUGAUAUGAUUGAACAAAAUGCUAAGACAGAAAAAAAUUGGAAUUUACUCAAUAAAUUAAAAAAAGAAAUAAUUCAAAGCUUAAGUGAGUAUGAAAAAGUUUCACCAAAAUUCGAAAAAAGGAAAAAAUUAGAUGAUAUUAUAUCAUCAGAGGAUGGAAUCGAUAAGAAAUUUAGACAAAUAAUAUCACAAGAUUGUUUUAGUAUUGACUUAAAAUUUGGUAAUCUAGAUGAAGAACAAUAUUUUUAUCAAUAUUUAAAAACAAGUGAUGAAAAUCAAAUUCCAUUUCAACUUCUUCAAAUUAUUCAUGAUUCAUUAUUAGAACCAAAAAUAAAUAUCAAUAGUUCAGAAAUAAUCAUGAAAAAUUACAAUAUUUUCUUGAGUGAUAUCAUUGAAAAUGUACAAACCAAAAUAAAAAAAAAAGAUUUCAAUAUUCAAACAGUUAUAUUUUAUGGUACAAAUGUCUUUAUGAAUCUUUCAUUGAACGAUGAAUGUUGGCGUGGAAUUAAUUUAAUUAUUGGUUCGGAUAUAAUUGAUUUUAUUAAAGAUGAAUCAAAUACGAAAAUUACAAUAGAUCUAACAGGAAAGAACGGUGCCGAUGGUAAAAAUGCUAAAGAACAGCUACAUGCAAAACGAGAAAGUGAAGAUGGAUUAGAUGGUUUACCUGGUGAAAAUGGUGAAUCUGGAGGAAAUGGUGGGAAUAUUUAUUUCAUCGCCGAGAAACAAUUUAAAGGACAAAAUAAUAUAGAAAAACUAAUCACAUCCGGAGGUAAUGGUGGUAAGGGUGGUAAUGGUGGAAAUGGGGGUAAUGGACAAAACGGAAAGGAUGGUCAAGAUGCUACUGGAGCUAAUUCUAUAGGUUAUUUUAAGUAUGGUUAUUGUUUCACACAAGGUGGAAAAGGUACACCAGGGGGAGAUGGUGGCAAAGGAGGCGAUGCUGGUUUAGGCGGAUUUGGUGGGCAUGCUGGUACUGUUCAUAUUGAAGAAAAUCAAAAUUCAAUUAUUUCUACAUUUUCAAAGCUAAUUGAAUCACUUGAUAAAUCCAAUGAAAAUGGAAAAGAUGGGUUACCUGGUCAAGGCGGAAAAGGUGGCAAUGGAGGAUCCGAUGGAAAUGAUCUUGUCUGGCAUAGACCUAAAGGUUUCUCGAAAGAUAAGGCUUAUACAGGGUAUAUAGAAAAAGUAGAAAUUACUAAAAAUACAUUUUUCCGGUUUGAUCUUAACGUUAUAUAUAAAGAAAGGCCGAAGAAAUCAGAUGGAAUUGAAAAAGGUCAAGGAAAAACCGCCGAUAUACAACUAAAUACUGGAAAAGUCCGUCAAAAAAGUGAAAAUAAAGAAAAAUCUAAUGAACAACAGAUUAAAAAUCAAUUAAAUGAAGUUGUUAAUAAUAAUGAUGAACGAACAAAUAAUAUUUCCAACAAUGUAGCAAAUUCUAUAAAUUUAUUAAAAGAUAAAAAAAAUGAAAUGUUAGAUGAACGUGAAACACAUGUCAAAACACAUCAAUUAUCAGAUUCAUUACUUGCAAAUGCCUAUACAAUUGCUCAACAAUCAUUAGCAUUGAAUGCAACAAUAACGAAAUCCAAAACAGAAAAUAAUAUUCUGAAAACAUCAGAUACUAAUAAUAAUCAAGACAAUAAAUUAGCAAGUCAAUUAAAAUUAUCUAUUGAUACAGAUUCUCAACAAAGUGUUCAAUUUCAAAUACAUGAUGCAAUCGUUCAAAAAUUAGAACAUUACAAAUCGAAAAAACUUGUUCUCAAAAGUGAAUUAGGCAAGAAGAUUAAACAAACAGAUGAAGCAAUCUUAUCAUUAAAACAUAAAGGAAAACAUGUUCUAUUUAAAAUUGACAUUGAUAGUUCGAAAAACUCAUUUCUUAUUGAUCAAAAUGAAAGAAAUCAAAUCAAUUUAUCACGUUUGGAUGGAAGUCUAUUAACUACAACGGAUGAUUUAUUUUUUAAUGAAGACUUUUCUUUAUUGACAAAAACUUAUGAAAGUGUUUGCUACAACCGAAUUAGUAAACGACAUGAGCCAUUUGUAUUAAAACAAUAUUUUCAUGAUUUAGACAAAUUAAAACAAGAAAGAAAGGCAUUUAUACGAGCAAGAAAUAAACUUGAUCAACUGGAUAUUGAUGUAUUCAUAAAUGAAAUCUGUUUAGAAUAUGGAAAUAAAGAUUUAAUCAAAUAUAAACUGACAAAAUUCGAUGAAAUCGUUGAUUUUGAUUCGUUCAAUAUAGAUAAUUUUAUCAAACAAAAUGAUUUUCCAAUCGAUGAAAAAAUCAUGUAUCAAAAUUAUUUAACUAAUCUCUUUUCAAAUCAACCAAAUAAUCCUAAAACUAUUGAAGAAAUCUCCCAAAUCUUAAUCGAAUCAAAAAUAUCAAUAAAACGAAUAAAAGAAAGUAAGAAAUUUCUCUUUUUAUUAUUUGAUGUACUAAAAGGCAAGAACAAAUUCAAAGAAUUUAAAUUAAUUCAAUGUACGCCGAUAUAUCAUUCCAAAGAACCAAUCGAUGUUUAUAUUAUUGAACAAUUAAUAUAUCAAUUUCUUCAAAUCAAUGAUAAAAAUCUUGAAUUAUUAGCAAGAAUAUUCAAUUGUUUUAGAAAAAUAAUUGAAAAAGGAGAACAUCAGAUUCUUUGUGAAAAAAAGAUUAAGAAUUUUCUACAAUUUAUAACAGAACAUUUGUUAGUUAUUGGUAUUGAUUCGAGUCAAGGUUCAUUAUUAUAUAAAAUGAAAAGAGAUUUAAAUUUUAUUCAAAUUCAUUGUUCAUCAAAGUUAUUUUAUGACUUAUUUAAUGGAUUAGAAUUAACAAUUUUAAUACGAGAACAGCAAUUUGAAAAAUUAAAAAAGUAUACUGAUCAAAUUGAAAUGUAUUUUCAAGAAAAACAGACUAAUGAUAUUGAUCAAGAUAUCAAAAUCGUUAAUCAUAUUAAAAAAGAUAGAAAAUUCGAUAUUCAUCAAUUAUUUCAACAACAUAUUACGUCAACCGAUGUUGAUUUUAACGGCAAUACAAAUAUCAGAACAUUUAUUGAUAAUUUAUAUUUACCUGAUGAAUUCAAAUCAAAAAUCAAAAUUAUUUUUACAAAUUUUUAUAAUUAUUUAAAAAAUAUUGAAGAAUAUAAAUACGAUUGUUUACGAUUACAAAAACUUUCAGAAAUCAAUCAAAAUCAAACUUCAACUGAAAUCAUCAAUUUGUCUGAAAGUGAUUAUAACAAAAAUAUUGGUUAUAUUUAUUUGUUAUCAAGACAAUUAAAUAGUGAAGAUAAAAUACAAAUUAAAAAUGGAAAUAAAAUUAUUAUUCAGAAAAAGAAUGAAAAUCAAUUUAGGAUUUAUUUCCGAGAUAAUCAAACUUUUGAAUUUCAAAAACAUUCAUUAGAUGAAGAAAGUUUAAUUGAAAUAUUGAACAAACUGAAUUUUGGCAAGGAAGAAAUGAUAUUAUUAAAAGAAAAUGAAAAUCAUACUAUCUACCAAAGUGUUUAUAAAAAAAUUGUAUCCGAAAAUGGUUUCACAAAAUAUUCUAUCGAGCAAAUCGAAUCUUUUACUAGAUUAAAGGAAAUUGUUUAUGAAAAAUUAUCUGUAUUAAAAGAUGAACUAGAUUCAAAGAUUUAUAAAUGUAUUGUUGAUGAAAUCAAACUUGUAUUUCAUUCAGAAUCACCGGAUAUAUGGCUAUGCAGAAUACAUUUUAUCUUCAAUAAUAUUGAUGUUAUUACAAAUCUUGAAAAUAAAUUCAAAUUAUCGACGUCAACCGAAUUCAAAAAAUCGGAUUUAAAAGAUUUAUUGAACAAUUUAACUCUAAAGGAUAAUGCGAAACAUUUUUUGGAAGAUGACGAAGAUGAUAGGAGAAUCAUUUUCUAUAAAUUCUUGUCGAUAUUUGAUCGUUUAUUAAUUCAAAUAGCAAAAAAAGAGUUGGACAUUCCAGUCAAAGUUCAAUUUGAUGCAACCGCUGAUAUCUUAUCUGAAAAAUAUCAACAGAAAGAUGACUUACGAAAUACUAUUUUAUACGAAGUUAUCGUGAAAAACAAUCAAAUCUUGAAACAAUAUUAUCCCAAUGAAAUCUUAAUCAUAUAUGAAAAAAUCAGGACACAAAUUUCAAAUUCUGUCAAUUUCUCAUGCUCAGAUUUAGAUACAAAGGAAUUGGCAGAAAAUAUUCAAACUCAUUUUAAAUAUGUGAUUGAUAAUGGUUAUUUGAGUUUGUCUGAUUACAUUGAUAAAAUUUAUGUAACAUCAUCGCAUAGAUUAAAUACUUCAAUGAAAUAUAAAAUAUAUUCAAACUUGAUGGAGAUAAUCGAUAAUUUUUAUAAGCAAACUGUUCCCGAUUCCCAAAUGGAAGCAUUCAUUGAAAAAUCUACUUUAUUUUUUAAACAUCUUCAAAAACAAUGUCUGAUAUUGAUAAGUGGACUCGAUAACAUAAAUCAUCCAAGUCAAACUGAAAUUAAAGAUAUUUUGGCUGAAUUAAAAACUAAGAAUACAACUUUCGAGAAAUGUUCAUUAAGAAUUUUACCAAGAGACCGUCUAGACACAACGGAUCAAAAUCAAAUAAUUCUAAGUAAAAUUAGUGAACAGGAAUAUCAAAUUGUUUAUCGUCGUUUACAAGAUAAUAAAACUAAUUCUUUUAUUUUCAAACAAGACGAAAAUGAAAAAUUAUUUGAAUUAUUCAAUUGUUUAAACAACGAUGAUUUAAUUGAAGAACAAAUGGAAUUACAAAAAUAUGAAGAACUUUAUUCUAUAAUUAAAACAAACAAUGGAUCAAUCUAUAAAAAUGUCUUUUUUGACGAAAAAAUCUUUAUUGAAAUUUUUAUUAAUUGUAUUAUGAAAAAUAGAGCAAGUCUUUCAGUCGAAAUAUUUCGAGAUUAUAUGAAUAGUUUCGAAAUAAUUCUCAAAAAUUCGACUAUCAACUGCGAUAUUUUACUUUCAUUGAAUGAAUCAUUUCGAAAUUUAACCAAGAAUGAACCAAACGAAGAAUACAUUCAAAUAUUCAAUCAAUUAAUCAAUGAAAAAAAUAAAGAUUUAAUGAUAAAUAUCGAAACAAAAUUUGAAGAUAUGUAUAUUAAUAUCAAACGCAAGAAUCGUAUCUUGAAUAUUACAUUUAAUUAUUUAACAAAAUGUUUAAAAGAAAAAACUAUUGAAUCUAUUUCAUUUGAAAAAAAUCAAUUACUUAAUAUUACACUAUCAAUAAAAAGUAUUUUUCAGGCACAUCAAUUAAAGCUUUCAGAUAUUUUACAAUGCUGUGAAGAAUUAAAUCGAGCAUUGACAUUUACACCUUACAAUUGUCUCGAAAUGUACAAAAAACAGUCGGAUUGUCUUAAAUUAAAAAUUCGAUUAUUUAUUGAAAAGAUCGAUUUUCCACAAGACUGUAAAUUAAAAACUCAUUUUGAUGAAUUUAACAAUAAAUUACAAGAAACAGAAUUUAUCAAUAAUCAAUCAAUAUUCAAGUUACUCGACGUUGUGUUGCUGAACAGUAAAUCGAUUGAAUCAGAAAACUAUCAAUCUAUUAUGAAGAAAAUUCUUUUAAAUUUCGAGAUGACCGCUGAUCCAUAUGAUUGGGAUAUGUUAGAAAAGAUUGAAACGACAAUAACAAAAGUUGAAAAAAUUGAUUCAAUUCAAAUCAGUUUUCGAAAGUUUAUCCUGGAAACAGUAAAGACAAAAUUGAAUUUGAAAUAUAAAGAAGAAAUGAAUAAAUAUGAACAAAGGAAGAAAAGUUUGAAUAACUCAAUACAAGAAAUUAUCAAAUUAUUUUGGUCAAAUAUAUCAAACAGUGAUUUAUUGAAUAAAGAACGAGAAAAAGCUUAUGUAAAUGUUAACAUCGAAAAAUUAUUAAAACUUUUCAAUGAUGAUAAAGAUAAACAGGAAUUAUUUUUAACAAACAUAUUGAGUAAACUCAAAGAAUUACAAAGUAAUUCAGAUAAAAAACAAUUUACAAAUAAAUUUCAUAUGUAUUUAAACGAGCAAAUUAAUACAGAAUUAAAUCAAACCUCAAAAAUUAUCAUACCCAUUGAACUUGAUAAGGAUUUACAAAAUUCUCUUCAAGAUAUUUUGGAGAAUAACUAUGCGUACAAAGAUAGUAUCAUUAUUUUCGACGAAUUUUCAAUUCUAUUUGAGACGUGCAUUGAUAAAUUUAAAAAUGAGCCAAAAUAUAACGAAUUUUUUGAAAGUUUCAAAAAUAGAUUCAUGUAUUUUUCUUGGAGAUUAUUACAAUAUGAUUCAACAACAAAACAAGAUUCGUUAAAUAAAGCGAUUGAUCGAUUUACUGCUUCAAUCAAAAAAUUUAAACAUACCAUUCAUAAUGAGAACAUUGAACAAGCAUCAAUUAAAUACAAGUAUUUUUAUGAAUUUGAAAAUAUUUUCAGUUUACGUACACAUGAAAAUCAAUUACAAGAAGAAUUAAAUAUUUUACAAGCUGAUCAUCAAGAGAAACACGACAAAAUUGAACAAAUUAUCAAAAUAUGCUUGAAUAGAGUAGAUAAUUGUUUGUCUCGUACUGAUCAGCCAAUAGCAACACUUGGUCAAUCAUUCUAUAAUAAAAUUAAUGAAUUAUUUUCAAAAAAUUCUAUAGAAUUGAAAGAUUUUGAACCCAAAGAAAUCUCUGAAGCUGUGAAUGAAACUACUGACAAUAAGUCAAAACCAGAUGUUGUACAAGAACAAAUAGAAGUUCCCAUUGAAAAACACAACAUAAGUAAUGUUGAAAUACCAUUAGAAGCGAAAUUUGAAAUAUUAAAUAAACUUUCAUGUCAAAUCAUUAACGAAGAGAAAAAAUGGACGAAGCGCAAAGUUUUGAUCGAAAAAUUCGAUGCGAUUAGAGACAACUUGUUUAAUGAAGAUCUACAAUCCAUGUACGAACAAAGACCUGAUAAAUCACAAACAUUUGAUGCAUUUAAAAAUUCAAUUGAAGUGAAAAAUCUCAAAGAAAUUAUUACCCAAACUGAUGCCAGUGAAUGGAAUCAAGAAAUAUAUGAUUUAUCUAUCGAUUUAUUCAUUAUGAAUUUACUCAAACUAUAUGAUUUUGAUCUGAAUACCUUAAAAGGUCAAUUUAAGUCCAUUGAAAAUUUAAUCACUAUAAAAUCAACUGAUGACGUUGAUGAUAUUUUGAGCAAUAUAUGGCAAACAGAAAUCAAAGAAAAAAAAGAUUCGAUGGAUAUAAUCGAUUUUAUUAUGAAAUAUUCUACAGAAAACGUCGAAUCAUUAAACUCAGAAACAAUGUUGAAUAAUCUGAUGACAGAAUUUAUUAAAAAACUCAAUUCUAUUAAGAUGUUAAAAUCGUCAAUUGAUACUCUUUAUUUCUUCGUUGGCUAUGAAAAUUUCAUACAAUUAGUACGUAUAUUACAAUUAAAACUAAUCGGUUUGAAUUCACCGAAAAUAGAUGUCGAUAAAUUAACUCAGGUAUUUUGUUUAUUAUCAAGUGUAAAUAAUCUCAAUCGAUCAUUCAAAUACUUAGAAAGUUUUCAUAUUGAAAAUUGGCUUGUAUAUUUAUAUUUUGACAAGAUUGAAGAUGAUUUAAACAUAUUAUUUCAUCGUUAUUUCGAUGAAUUCAAUGUGAAGGAUUUGAAAAUUAUUGAUUUUAAUCAUUUAGAUGAACUCAUCGAAACUAAAUAUUAUCAAAUAGAAAAUUCAUAUAAAAAUACAUUGAAUGAUAUAUUAGAAACAUUAAAAAUGAUAAAAAUAAAUCCAAAUAUUAAUGUUAAUGAAAAAGAAGCUUUCUUUCAUUUUAUAGCACGUCUAUUCUUUUAUGAAUUAAAGAAAGCUUCGAAUUGUUUGAUUAAUUUAAAUGAUUUACAAACAAUAUUUAUCAAGUAUUUGACCAGCGCAUCAAUUUUAAACAAAUUAAUUCGUUCUUUACAAACUCAAUUAUCGAAAUCAGAUAAUCAAAAUGAUCAAUUAGUCAUUGAAAAUAUCUAUUCAAAAACAUUUAAUAGUUUAUUACCUUAUUUAACAAGAUUUUGGAUAAUUGAACAAUUAGAAUUGAAUAGGAAAGUUUCAGAAAAUGAACAAAUAAAGAUCAUUCAAUAUUUUGAAAUGAUUAAAACUUCAUAUUCAGAAGAGAAAAUGUUUCAAUUAAUUGAUGUCAUUCAAAAAUCAUGUAAAAAUGAAAAAUUGAUACCUCAAAUUAUUAUUGAUUUAUUAAUGAAUAUUUCUAAUAAUGAAUGGUUAUUAAAUAAUGAUAUUCUCGACAUACUCCAAACGACGAAAACUAAUGAAUGGGAAAAAAAAAUUGAAAAUUAUAUGGAAGAAAAACGAUUUAUAAAACGAGAUUUUCAUGAAUUGAUUAAUUUAAUGAAAGAAGAUAAAAAUAAUUUGAAUAAAUCAAUCAAAGAUUAUCUAAAUAGUACAGAUAUUCUAAGUGAUCUACAACUUUUAACUAAUAGAAUAUCUGUCGAAAAUUGGACUAUAGCUGAUAUUCAAGAAUGGGCGGAAAAAACAAGAGGCAAUCGAUUAUUAUUAUCUAAAGAAGCAGUUCAAAAUGCUAUCGUCGUUGUUAGUCAAGCUAUCCAAUUAUUUAAGGGAUUUUAUCCAAGAGAUACGCAAAUACUUGCAUUAUGGCUAUUCUUAAAUCCAGAUUUCAAUCAAACAAAUAUAGGAUGUUUAGCACAAAUUUCGACUGGUGAAGGUAAAUCAAUCAUAGUUGCUGCAUUAGCUGCUAUAAAAGCUUUAGGUCGUCAUCGAAUUGAUGUUAUUACCAGUUCGAGUGUUUUAGCUAUUCGAGAUGCGGCAGAAUUUCAACGAUUUUUUGAUAUGUUUGGAUUACACGUUUCAAAUAAUUGUGAUAGUUUUUGUGAACAAGGUAAUGGAAAAGAAACAGCAGAACAAAUUCGAAAAUCAAGAUAUUAUAAUUCAAAUGGUCCUGUUGAUAUUAUUUAUGGUGAAUGUUCAUGUUUUGAACGUGAUAUUUUAUUAACAGAAUUCAAUAAAAACGAUCCAGAACAAAAUAUCAUCGGUCAACGAAUAUCAAAAAAUAGUAUAUCAAGUGUUAUUAUUGAUGAAGUUGAUAGUAUGUUAUUAGAUAAAGCCAAUAUGGUACUUUAUUUAUCACAUAAUAUUGAUACAUUAAAAUCCUUAGAAAGAAUAUUUAUUUCGAUUUGGCAAACAAUUAAUCAACCAGCAUUUGAUUAUGCACGUAAUGAGAUGAUUAAUGAUGAUUUAAUCAAAGUAGUUUCUGAUAUUAUAUUUGAACAAAUUGAUCAGAAAAAUAUUGAAAUACCAGAAUAUAAUUCAUAUAAUUGUAAUUAUAUUAAUAUACGAUUAUUUAUUAAAAGACGAAUGUUAGUAUGGAUUCGAAGUGCAUUUCAUGUUCGAGAUAUGAUUCCGAAUGAUACAUAUAUUAUAUCAAGAGAUAAAUCAUCAAAAUCGGAAGUUCAAAUUACUGUUAUGGAUAAAGAUACAGGUACAGAACAAUUAUCAACUCGAUGGAGUAAUGGUGUACAUCAAUUUCUACAAUUAAAACACAUGAGAAGAUUUACACCGGAAUCAUUAAAAGCUGUAUUUAUAUCAAAUAUGUCAUUUUUUAAACGUUAUAAGAAACAUAUUAUUGGUUUAACUGGUUCAUUAGGUUCAAUUGAUGAACAAUCUUUAUUAGAUAAAGUUUAUCAACUUCGAUUUUUUGAAUUGCCAAGAUUUAAACUAGAAUUAUUUCGAGAACUAAAAGGUACAAUAACAACAUCUCAAGAUACUUGGCUUGAAAAUAUUAAAAAUGCAUUAGAUAGAGAGAUUAAAUCUAAAUUAGGAAGUAAAGAUAGACGACGAGCUGUUUUGAUUAUUUGUGAAAAUGUAAAAAAUGUUUUAAUUUUGAAAGAAUACCUAACAAGUUCAUAUCCAAAUACUAAAGAUUAUAAAAGUGCUUAUGAAGACUUUAAAAUCGAUCAACUAACUCCUGGUGAUAUUAUUAUUGCAACAAAUCUAGCUGGUCGUGGUACGGAUUUAGAAACAUCAGAUAAACUAGAAGAAAAUGGUGGUUUACAUGUCAUUGCUACUUAUUUACCAACAAAUAUUCGAAUAGAAAUGCAAGCAUUUGGUCGUACAGCUCGAAAAGGUAAUAAAGGUACUGGUGAAUAUAUUAUUAUUAGUCAGUAUGGUCUUUCGAUUGAAACAUUAAAACAAUUAAGAAAUUUUCAGGAAAAAGAACGAUUAGAUUCUUUUCUUAUUAAUGAUUUACCUAAAAUUCAAACCGAAGAAGAUUUAUUACAAGGAUUUACUGAUGAUGAUCAAUUAUCUUGUAUUGGUUUUACAAAAUUAUAUCAAAAUAUUGAAAAGAAACUAUUAAGUGAUGCUAAUAUUCAACGUUAUGGUUAUCAAUACAAACAAUUUCAGUUGAAUAGUUUAAAAAAUCGAUGGGCAUUUUGGUUAGAUUCUAUGACUGAACAUAUUAACAUGAUUAAUAUCAUUGGAAAAAAGAAAAUCGUUGAAAAAUUCAAUGAAUUUCAAUUAAAUAUUGAAAAAGAUAUAGAAGCAGAUCCUUUCCGAAAAUUGAUCAUUGAACCAAGUGAAUUUAUUAAACUAGGAAAAUAUUAUCGAGAUCAAGAAAAUUGGUCGAACGCUAUUUUAUGUUAUAAAGAAGCAAGUCAAGAUAGAUUUUAUUCCUUCAGUAAUUACUAUACAAGUUCAUGUAUUCAGAAUAAAAAUUAUGCAGAUGAUCCGGAAAGUAAAAGCAAAUUUAAACAUAGUUUACUUAAUGUUCAACAAUCAAUUGAAAAAGAAUUACAAUUUCUAAACAAUGCUGCACAAAUUGCAUUUGAAAUUGGUGAAAAAAAUCGUAUAUUAGGUUUGCCUAAUUAUGGAAAUGAAUAUGAUAAACAAGUAAAAGAAAAAUCAACUAUUUGGAAUAUUUUUUCUGGUACAGUUAUUAAUGCUCUUGGUUCACCAAUUGAUCCGAAAGAUUUAACAGGAAACAAAUAUCUAUCUGAUGAAGGAAAAGCAAGAAUAUUAUUCAAUAUAUUAAAAUGUAAAGAAUACAUCAAACCAUCACGAAUUACAAAAAAAGAAAUUAAACCACUUGAUUUACCAUCGAUGUUCAAUAAUGAUGAGACAAAAAAUGCGUUAAGAAAUUAUCUUGUAGAAAAAUCAAAAAGAAGAAAAGAGGAUGAUGAUUUAGAUGAAUUAAAUGAAGAAAUUUUCAAAAAAGAGAUAAAAAAAGAAAAAAUUUUUAUACCUUAUUUCCAAACUUUUGUUGACAAAAUCAAAAAUUAUGGUUUUAUUACUCCAGUUACGAAUACAUCGGAAAAUCAAUUAUAUCUACUUCAAAAUUUUAACGAAGAAAAUUUGAAGAAUAAAAAUUUUCCUAAUGAAAUUUCACGCAUUAAACAAAUCUUAUUCGAUUGGGCAACUGAUGCCGCAAAAGAAAGAACACUUCUUGGUACGAAAACUCAUAUUUUAGAGAAAAUCAAUGACUUUCUCAAAUUAAAAAGCGAAGCCAAUAUUACAACAACUCAUUUGAAUCAGUUCUAUCAAUUUCUAGAAACAAAUUCAUUAUUAGAAAAAGUUAUUCAAUAUACAGUUAGUAGAGAGAAAAUUAUCAAUCCUGUCGAUGGUGAAUAUAAAUAUUUUAAUUUGUAUGAUUUUGAACGUAAUUAUACGAAUGAAUUUGAAAAUUUUGAUUCAGUACUUCGAAAAAGUUUCUUAAGGAUUAUUGUUAUUCAAGAACAUUUAGACAAAGGUGAUUCUUAUAUUACAUUAAAAGAAAUUAUUAAUACAAAUGAUUUUUAUUUGCAUAAAACUGAAGAUGAAGCAAUAAAUUAUUUAUGGAACUAUCUUAAAAGUGUUUCAUUAAUCAAAUCACCACGAAUUAAUAUUGGUUUUUCCAAAAGUGUUCCAUUAACCAAAUCACCACGAAUUGUUAUUGAUUUAAUCGGGCUGGGGAAAGUUGAUGUGAGAACAGAAAUUAAAAAAGAAAUCGAAUCAUUUCUCAAACGUGAAUUACCAGAAGAUAAACAAAACGAAUUAAAUGAAGCAGUAAAUACUGUUUUUAAUAUUAUUGAUCAAACUAUUGGUGAUUUAAAGAAAAUACCUGACGAUAAAACAAUAACAAGUUAUCUGCAAAUCAAGACCAGUUGUUUUCUUGAAAAUAAAAAACGUGUGCCAGAAGCACUCGAAGAAUUUAUUGAUUUAGCUUUUGAUGUUAUAUUCCGUUUAGAAGAAAAGAAAGAACCACCACAAUGGUAUGAAAUUGCUGCUGUUAUUGCACUAGGUAUUAUUCAAGUUGCAGCUGGUGUGUUAGCUAAAGCAUUUAUGCCUGUAUAUGGACAAUUGAUUGGUGAAUUUUUAAUCAGUACUGGAUGUGAUGAUAUUCUGUUUGGUAUAAAUUGUGCCAUAUCUGAUGAAUUUAAUUGGGAAAAAUAUUGGCAACAUAAAAAACAAAGUAUGAUAACAAGUGCAAUAACUGCUGUUGUUUUUGUUUCUGUAUCAUAUUUAAAAAAUGCGGAAAGAUUAAAAAGUGUUAAAGAAGCACGGGCUUUUCAACAAUUAACAGGGGCACAAAAAUUACAUAAUGCUGCUACUGCAUUGAAAACAACAGCAAAUAUUGGAAAAUAUGUUGGAAAAGAAAUAGCGAAAACAUUGAUUCAAACUGGUUUAGCUGAAUUAGCAUCCAGGGGUGUUGAUAAGAUGCUUGAUGUUUUAUCAAAUACUUAUGAAAGUGAACUACGUGAAAAAAUUACUAAUUCACUCAAAAAUCAAUGGAAUAUAAUUGAAACUGAAAUGUUAGAAAUCUUUCGUGUUACCGAAGGAAAAGAUUCAAUGAAAAUCAUUGAUGAUUGUAUUAAUCGGAAAUUACAAAACUUAUCAGAAGAUGGUACAUUGAAAAAUUUGACACGUCGAUGUACUCCUGUAAUUCAAGGCUUAGGAAAAGCAUUAGCUGAUGUUAAAGGUACAAAAGGUACAAUAAUAAGUUUCCUUAUGACACGUGCUCCAAAAUUAAUUGGUUUAGGUGUUAGUAUCAAAGAUAUAGUUUUUAUAAUCAGUAGUUUUGUCAAAAGUUUAGUAAAUGAUUUGAAAGAUGCGCAAAAAGCUUGGGACAAAACAAAUAAACAAUAUGAAUUAACAGACGCUCAAAAAAAUGAUUUUCAAAAAUUUCAAAAAGAUAAACGUGAUCAAGUAUCCAAUUGUUUAACAGAAAACUUUAAUCAAAAGCUUAAACAUGGAAUUCUUGCACCAGUACUUAACCAUGCUUCGAAUAUGAUGAUUAGUAAAGGUAUUGAAUUUAUUGCCGGUACAGAUCGUAUUGAACAAUUAGCUGAUACAUUUGAAUUAAUCCAUGCAGCAACUAAUCCAGGUCAAAGUAAAGUACAAUACGAAGAUGCUUUAGCUAUUUUUAUAGCUGAAGCAAGACCUAUCGAUAUGAAACUCGUAGAUAAAGAUCGUUGUCCAGUAAAUGGUGAUGGUAAAAAUCUACAGAAACUUUAUGAAUUACAUGGUGAUUCAAUAAAAAUAUUUAUUGAUAAAAAUGGAGAAUAUUAUGUACGAAAACCAUCUUCGAAAGAAUAUUAUCAAAGUAUUCGAGGUGAUAAACCAGCUGGUUUACAUGAACAAUCAGUAAUACCAGGCAUAUUAGGUGUCAUUAUAAAGCAUGGUGAAGUAGUGAAUAAUGAACAACAAUGUACUCUAGAACGAGAAGAUGGUUCAAAAAUAGAAUUUGUUAUUAAACAUAAUUUUGAUGGUACAAAACAUGCAGAAUUAAUAGUCGAUGGUAAAUCAGUUAGCAUUAAUACGAGUAAUCAGAAUAAAAACGAUUGUUAUUAUAAUGUCGUAUUGGUUGCUAAUGAAAUGUCUAAACAUAAAUCAUUUGAUGAAGCAAAGAAAAUACUUGAUAAUAGUGAUGCUGUCAAAGUUCUACGAAAAGAUGUUUCCUUAUCAAUAAAAAAUAAUAAAAAAUUAUUGAAUGAAUUUCGAUGGACAAAUGGAACUGAUAUUCAAGUUCAUUAUAACAAUUUAGUUGGUUUAUCUAGAGGUAGAGACGAUUUGGAGCGUCUACUCGCUUCAGUCGAAAAUAUGGUUGGGAAUGAAGUUAACGAUAUCGAAAAAAUGAAAAAUAUGAUUAACGAUUAUAUUAAGCGUCGUGUCAAUGAGGAUGCCAAAAGCAAAAAAGAAGACAAAUCUGGACAAGGCUCUAGACGAGGGGAACACAUCUUUGAUGCUGGUCUUAAAAAUAUUGGUGAAGACAUUGAGGAGAAAUUUUUAAAAAAAGUUGGUAUGUCGAGCACCAAAGAGCUAUCUGAAGACUUACGAAAAGUUUUAAACACAUUCAAUGUUACACUCAAACCAGAUAUUUCUGAAAUGACAGCUUUUAACGUCCCACAAUACGGCAAUGAAAAUGCUUUCAAAUUUGGAAGAUCAAAAGAAUUACUUAUAGAAUUUAGCGUGCGCUAUAUGAAGAAUCUUUACGACCAGAAUGAUGAACCACAAGCUAAUGAUACCACCGCGAACGAAGCUGUAAAGCUAAAUAGAGAACUAUCACCAUCAAAUGAUACAUAA